UUACAAAAUCUGGCAUGGCUACAUCUCGCUAAUUGUCUGCAUUCUGGGAACCGUAGCCAACACCCUUAACAUCAUCGUGUUGACGCGCAAGGAGAUGCGUUCACCCACCAAUGCCAUACUCACCGGCCUGGCGGUGGCCGAUCUCGCCGUCAUGCUCGAGUAUAUACCCUACACCACACACGACUACAUACUUGCCAAUCAGUUGCCUCGCGAACAGCGCCUCAGCUAUGUCUGGGCUUGCUUCAUUAAAUUCCACUCGAUAUUCGCACAAGUGUUGCAUACAAUUAGCAUUUGGCUGACUGUCACUUUGGCCGUGUGGCGUUACAUAGCCGUUGGUUAUCCGCAAAAGAAUAGUAUCUGGUGUGGCAUGCGCACCACACUGUACACCAUCUUCACAGCAUACAUCGUCUGUAUACUGGUGGUAUCACCAUCUUUGUACUUGGUCACCGCAAUAGUAGAAUUUCUAGAAGCCGUAGAUGAGCAUGGCAAACCGCUAGACUCAGAGCCAUUAACUCAGUACAUAAUCGAUUACUAUAAUGAGUUGGCGAAUCUGACACGUUCGCAUGCACAGGUUACCGCAUCAGCAUUGGCAGUGGGGGCGACGGCAGGUAAUAGCAGUACGUUUGCAGUUGGUACCACCUCCGCAGCGGCAGUAGCCAUGGCAUGGAAUAUGAGUGAUUUGUCCGGCAUGGUAUCGCCAACUACUUCCACAGCAGCUGCAACUGCAACUGCAAGAGCAAUUACAACGAACACACCGGCAUUAACAAUAUCGUCAACGCCAUCGCCAUGGCAGCUGGCCCAUCAUAACAUCACCGUAUACAAGCUGUAUCACAGCGAUUUGGCGUUGCACAACAAAUCCCUACUCAACUCAACCUUCCUCAUCUACAGUGUACUCAUCAAAUUAAUACCUUGCAUAGCGUUGACGAUACUAUCGGUGCGUUUGAUAGUAGCGCUGCUGGAGGCCAAACGACGACGCAAAAUGCUAACUAGCAACGCAGCCAAUGGCAUGAAACCCAUCGUCAAUGGGAAAGUGAUGGAACAGCGACCACGCAAAAAUAGCAAAACGUUGGAAAAGGAGAAACAAACAGAUCGGACGACGCGUAUGUUAUUGGCGGUGUUGUUGUUGUUUCUCAUUACUGAAUUCCCGCAAGGCAUCAUGGGUCUGCUAAACACGAUGCUGGGCGAUGCAUUCUACUUGCAAUGCUACCUGAAAUUUA